AUGGCUCUGAAGCAGAUAAUCACUGACUCGACCUUGGCAAAGUAUGCCAGGGUCAUCAAAGCCACACCUCGAGAGGUGAUAUUCAACAAGCAUUUGCUAUUGUCCACGGCACUCUAUGCGACAGCUUCUAUGCCGCUCACCUGGGACCAAGGCUCUUCGUCAGUUGUUCCCACCCUUCCAGGAUUUCAGCGUCAAUUUGGUUUCAGCAACUCCGACGCAGACCAAUUGCGAUACUUCGUUUCGAUCGUUUACCUUGGUGCCGGUGUUGGCGCCCUGCUGUCAUUCUUCAUUAAUGAUCGCAUCGGACGUCUAUGGUCGUGGCGUCUGUACAUAACGAUCUGGAUCAUUGGCCAGCUUGUGGCUACCUCGGCGCCAGGGCUGACAGGACUAUAUGCCGCCCGAGUGAUAUCAGGGCUGGGCAUUGGCCCCCUCACGGUCACGGGCACCAUGUCGAUUGUCGAAAUUGCUCCUGCGGAAAUUCGUGGGUUGCUCGCCGUCUGGUUCAGUGUUGCUAUGACUGUAUCAUCGGUAUGCGCAGUCUUCUGCGUGUAUGGAGUCUACAUACACGUUGGCGAGAGUCGCCUGCAAUAUCAGAUCGUAUGGUUCUCACCCUGUGUGUUUUUUGCGAUCCUGAUAUUCGGGAGCUUUUUCCUCACCGAGUCUCCGAGAUGGCUGUGGCUGGCUGGCCGACACGAUGAAGCCAUUGCGACUUUGGUCAAGAUUCGCGGUUUGCCUGAGGACCACCCCCGAGUGCGAGUAGAAUUGGGGGAGAUCCACGAAGCCAUUCAAAAGGAGACCGAAGCCUUCGGCGGCAGUCGUUCACAUUUCCUUGGGGUGCUGCGAGAAACUUUCACGGUUCCUGCAAACCUUCGCCGAGUCCAGCAGACACUGGUCUCGUAUGCCUUGGCCCAGUUGUCCGGAGCAAACUCUGUCACAUCAUAUUUCGUCCCUGUCCUCAGAUUACUGGGCAAAGCUGGAGGAACUUCCCACAGCCUAUUCCUCACCGGGAUGUACAGCCUGUCAAAGCUAUUCUUCACACUAAUAGCUUCCUUCUUCUUCGUCGAUGCCUUGGGUCGGCGUGGUUCUUUAUAUGUGGGAGCUGGGCUGCAGAUGGUUUCUGACAUAUACCUCGGUGUGUAUCUCAAAUACAAGCAGGAGGGGACUGCGAGCGAUGCGUCUUCUCAAGGUGCGCUGGCCUGGAUAUUUCUUCACGCAUUUGGAUAUGCUGUUGGUCUGUUUGUCCUUCCAUAUCUUUUUGGAGGAGAAUUGUGGCCGAAUCGGAUCCGGUCGUUCGGUGGUGCGCUAUCCCAGUGCUUCCACUGGCUUUUCUUCUUCGCCAUGAAUUUUGCAGUGCCGUCUCUGCUUUCCUCUACUCACAAUUGGGGAGCUUUCUUGUUUUUCGCUGGAUGGUGCUUCAUAGCCAUCUGCUACGUUUUCCUGCUGGUUCCGGAGACGUCUGGUCUAAGUGUUGAAGAAAUCGACGAACUCUUCCAAGGCUCGUGGUUUCACGCGUAUAAAACCAAGAGAAAACCAAGAGUCAUCGCCAUAGAGGCCGAGAAUCUUGAACAAAUCGCUGUGAUGAUCAGGUACCAUGUUGUGCGAAUUGCCAACGCUUGCCUGGUAGAAGAUCCGGCAACGAAACGCCAUCAGCCUCGGAACUACCUCGAAACGUUGGAAGAGCGAGUGGUCUACCUCGAAAGGUUCAUCGCAGAACACACUCGCGUAGACGACGACCCCUUGACGCAGUCUCAAGGUGUCCUGCAGAGGCAUGAUUCUGCUUCAAAUCACACCGUAGCAACCCAGUUGCCCGAUUUCGAUGAGGAACAUGAAAAUCCAUCGACUUUGGGCAAACCGGACGAGGAUUACGAUGAAGUGUCCGAUCUGGCCUCGAAAGUCGGGAUGCUCAGUUUUGCAGCCGGUGCUGAGCCUCAUUAUCUAGGCUCUUCUUCGACUUUCGCCUUCUCGCGUGUCAUCAACUCGGCCUUGCUUCAGGCCAUCUCCAGGAAACCAGGAGGAAGCACGCGGCACCAGCAAGACAAAAGCUCCUUGCCUACGCCAUGCCUCCUUCCGGACUACGAUGACUGCGUCAGGCUCAGUGACGCUUACUUUCGGGAGGUGCAUGCACAAUAUCCAUUCUUGCAUGAGCCAUCGUUUCGGGAUUGGGAGGCAAAGAUCAUGCCUUCCGAUGCCACAGAUCUAUCUCAUCCUGACCCAGCACACCUAUUCUUCUUAUACAUGCGAUUGUACGCAGCUGCGCAACUUUAUGUGGAUGAUGUCCUACAACUUGAGAACCUCGAAGCCAUUCAAGCAUAUUUGUGCUAUGCGGUCUAUUCGCUUCGAUCCCCGGCUGGAACAUCUGUCUGGAGACUUUCCGGGUUGGCACUACGCCAGUGCGUUGAGUUCGGGUAUCAUCGUCGAGCGACAGUGAUUGGUAUAACUUCACAACCAAGUCCACUUCGCAUCGAGCUACGAAAGCGAGCUUUUUGGUGCGCGUGGACUAUCGACAUGACGGCUGCAACCAUACUAGGGCGGCCGUUGGCCCUGCAGCAACAUGAGGUCGACUGCGAGUAUCCCUUGGACAUAGACGACAUUUAUAUAACAGAUUGCGGCAUACUUGGCACAACUCGGAGUCCACACGAUCUGCCAACAAAUAUUACCAAAGCCCUCUUCACUUUUCGCAUCCGCUGUCUCUGGGGCCGUAUACAUACCUUGCUCUAUUCAGACAUCGAUCAGCAUCGGUCUUCAGGCCCAGACUACCAGGCGAGAGUCGAUCAGUUACGCCAUGAGCUCGAGGAAUGGCGGGCGUCGCUUCCUCCAACGGUACCUCUCCAGGGAGAGAUGCUAUCGAUAUUCAGUGCCGUCGAAUGGUUCGAUCUUUGCUAUAACCAUACCAUUAUCUAUUUGUAUCGGGGUCAUUUGACAAGUUCAUCGGAUCCUGCAACAGAUGAGACUUUUCUUGAAUGUAUGCAGGCAGCAGAAAAUCUCUGCCAUGGCUAUCGACGAGAAAUACUUGGCAAACCAACAACCUACACCUGGGGAGCACUCCAUACCAUCUUCGUGGCGGGCCUGACAUAUCUCCACUGUCUUUGGUCUUCAAGUACUGUUCGUGAGACAGUACGACAGGAUGUGGUAAGUAGUACGUGUACAGAUUGUACGAUCGUCUUAGUACUCAUAGCACAAUGGAACGAGUCUGCAGCGCCAUACCGAGACAUUUUUGAGGAGCUGGCGAGCCGAACCAUGACGAUGUUGGUGGAAAAAGAGCGUGAAAGAUCUUUAUUUCCUGAAGCAGUCUCACAGCCGGAUGUUCUGGAGUCUGAUCACUUUAUGCAAUGGAUGGCAGAUAUUUCCGAGGGUGGCAUGGCGGAUGGCCUUGGAGAUCUGCUGAAUGGCUUGGUAGGCGAAAUGCCAAUCAAAGAGUAG